AUGGUGGCGUUACUUCGUGCAAUGGGUACGUUAAGAAUCGACUUCAAAUCGCCAAGUCGUGUUGACGAUGCGCAGCAGUUCUUCAAUAUCAGCCAAACUUGUGACGAGGGUGAGCUUCCACCUGAUCUGGCCAGCGUUAUGAAACGGUUAUGGGCAGAUGGAGGAAUCCAAGAAUGCUUCUUAAGAUCACGCGAGUAUCAAUUGAAUGAUUCUGCUCCAUAUUAUCUCAAUUCACUGGAACGAAUCGCCCAACCCAACUACAUACCCACACAGGAUGACGUGUUACGUACUCGAGUUAAAACAACUGGAAUUGUCGAGACUCACUUCACGUACAAGGAUUUGCAUUUCAAAAUGUUUGACGUUGGUGGACAGCGGAGC